AUUUAAAACACACGUUUGGCCCUUUUAUGCUCUAGGUUCAACGCAUGCUCACUGUUUAUGUUUGCGGGGUUGUUGGUUCUUGAGCAUUCGGUAGCAUGUGUUUCACUUUGUCACUGUUUAUUUUUUAUGUGAGCACCAACCCAGAUGAUCAGUAAAUUUUCGCUCAUAAAGGGAUUUGGCUGUUAGAGGGAACCUUUUUUAUACUACAUCGCACAAACCGGCCUAAACGGCUUUGAUAAGUUCCUGCGCGCGAGGAGUUUUUUGACCCGAACCGGCCAACACACCGACACCCAAAAUGGAUCCGGAAGCAUUCCUGGAUAUCGCCAAUCAGGUGAUAAAGCUGAAAAUGUUCCCGUACUUUGACAUCGCCCACAGCCUACUGUGUGCGCUGUCGGUAAAAGAGGAUCUUGGUGCGGGGGCGCAAGCAUUCUCCCGCAAACACCCGCUCGCUUGCUGGCUAUCGACUAUGCUGGUCGUUUUCGCAGGUGGUAUGGUCGCCAAUGGGUUGCUCGGCGAGCCAAUCCUGGCGCCGUUGAAGAACACCCCACAGCUGCUGGUGGCUACCGCUUGUUGGUAUAUCGUUUUCUACACUCCCUUCGACGUUGGAUACAAGGUGGCAAAGUUCCUACCGGUUAAAUUGGUAGCCAGUGCCAUGAAAGAAAUCUAUCGUGCAAAGAAGAUACAUGAUGGCGUGACACAUGCUGCGAAGUUGUACCCGAAUGCUUUUAUCAUCAUGAUCAUCAUUGGCACACUGAAGGGCAAUGGAGCUGGCUUCACCAAGCUGCUCGAGCGAUUGAUUCGUGGUGUAUGGACUCCAACCGCUAUGGAAUUCCUGCAGCCUAGUUUCUACACGAAAGCCUCGCUCAUUGCAUCCAUCAUCUUCGUUCUGGACAAAAAGACCGACCUGAUCUCAGCACCGCACGCCCUGGUCUACUUUGGCAUUGUCAUUUUCCUUGUGUACUUCAAGCUGUCGUCGUUGCUACUGGGUAUUCACGAUCCGUUCGUACCCUUCGAAAACCUGAGCUGUGCACUGUUCUUCGGUGGCAUCUGGGAUAGUUUGGCUAAGAUCCUAGGUCGCGGACAAGCCAAGGAAGAAUCGAAGGACGCUAAGAAAUCUAAUUAAACGCACAACUUGGGAGGGGGGGUUUGAAUAUCGGGCAAUUUUCUUUUGAAAAACUUUAUUUAGCUUAGAUGCGCCUUUUUUCGCGAUUUAUUUUAACGUUCAAAGCACAGAUCGAUGCACUUUCGACACAACUACGCAACAAUUUAGAUAUAAGAACAAAUAGAAUGAUGCAUUCUAGUCAGAUGAUACCAAAUUCGAUAGAAGUGACAAAGUGAGAUUGAUGAGAAGGAAGACAUGGACGAACGACUUGAGGCAGCUUUUAACUAUCAUACUUCAUAAGAGUAACCUGAUUUUCAACGCAGAAAAAGUCAACAUGGAAGGGAAGACAAAAGCACAAUCAAAUCACAGUGGGUGAGAUUCGGUUGUCCUUUAUCUCGAACAAAUUAGCAAUUCGAGUGGCAAUAUUUAGGUGAACUUUGAGACCAUUUUUAAAUUUGAGAACAAGUAAAUUAGUAUUAGGUAAGACGCAAAAAUGACUCAAACUACAAACAAAAUGCGAGUGAAAUAUACAAAUGAUUCAAUCCAGA